AGCAAGCUAAUGAUUUAAAAGAAUCCGGUAGAGAAAGCCGUGUUGUAGGUUUUACCCAAAGUAUUUGCCAAGGAAUCAUUUGAUGCCAUAGAAAUGGCAACACAUAUCUUCAUAGACAAAGAGAAUGGAGAAACUGUCACCACUACUGCUACUAAGGAUCGACUAAAACAACUAUUGGCACCUUCAAAAGUGUUUGUAGAAAGGUCUCAUCCUAAAACCCCUCUUGUUGGAAGGACAGCUAAUGUGAAUCUAACAGAAUCUCAAUCAGUCAAGAAGGCUCUGGGAAGUUUGAACAGACCUCUAGCAAAGAGUCAGUUCCCUAAAGGAAAAAAGUUCUUGUUGAAAAAGGUAAAUGAAAAUACAAGCAGAAUUGAAGACAACAGCAUGGUUCCUGAAGAAUGUCCAGAGAAGGAGAAUCUUUUUUCUUAUAAUCCUCUAGAUUUUGAGAGUUUUGAUGUUCCUGAAGAGCACCGGCUGAGCCAUAUGUCUUUGACUGGAGUUCCUCUUAUGACAUUUGAUAGUGGGCCUGAUAGAUUUGCAAGCAGCAUCCCUCUGCCUGCAAAACAACCUUUAAUUUCAUGGGACUAUGCUUGUUUGCAGUCAACUAAGGAUUUUCUGGCCACUCUGGAUGAAAUAGUAAUUGAUCUUCCCCCUCCCUUGUAACAAGUAAACAAGCUAUAUUUUAAAGUUGUAUUUUGAACAAUGUUGUAACUUGUUUUUUUUUUAAUUUGAUUUAUAUGUUUCAAUGUUAUAAUAAAGAACUUGUAGUUGUAAGUA